CUUGUAUUGAUUCUGCUAGGGGGCGCUAAUGCAGUUUGAGGUUAUUUUAACCGUAGAUAAUUAUUUGUUUUGCAACAAAACCAAAUUUUUUGUGUUAACAAAUGUCCCAACAGUUGUUAUUUUACGUUAAAGCCAAACUUUAACUUUUUGUGAGCAUGGCCAAUGAUUGUGAAAAACCUGGGGGCGCAGUUAAAAGGAGUGCUCAGAAGCCUGAAACAGGCGAGAUGGCGUCUCCGGAGCCCAAGCGGCUCAAAGUGGACUUGUCUUUGAUGAGCGACCAAAACCCCGUUUCAGUCCUAAACCAGUUAAGAGUAGGUUUAAAGUACAAUUUUAUCGAACAGCGGGGCCCUUCACACGCCCCGCUGUUCAAAGUCGCCGUAGAAGUGGAUGGUCAGACUUACUACGGCGUUGGCGGUUCGAAAAAACUCGCCAAAUGUAAAGCGGCCGAAGAGGCCUUAAAAUCGUUCAUCCAGUUUCCGAAUAACACAGCGUAUGCUGUUGGAGGAAACGGCACUAAUGUCGAUUUUACGAGCGAUGCCUUCGAAGCCGAGAAAAAAGAAGGGCCCACGAAAAAAGUAGCGACUAAAGGGCCGGUUAUGCUCUUGAAUGAACUUUAUCCAAAUGUGGUCUAUACGUGUGUGGAGAAUGAUGGAAGUGCGUAUGCUAGGUUUAAGAUGACGGUGACCAUUGGGGACGAAAAAUUUAUCGGGACUGGUUCCAGUAAAAAACAAGCGAAAAAUGCGGCUGCAACCACCGCCUUAGCCAAGCUUAACUUAAAAACGAGUCUAAAUGGAGAUCAAAAAUCAAGCGUGCUGUUGGAGGAACAAGAAAAAGCCGAUUAUGUUGGAAGAUUAAUCCAAGAGAAAUUCGAAGCCCUCAUGUCCACCGACCCCACCCACAUCAAACGCAAAGUCCUCUCGGGCAUCGUAAUGACCCGUUCAACGUCCCUCCACGACUCUGAAAUAAUUUCAGUGACCACCGGCACAAAAUGCAUCUCCGGCGAGCACAUCAGCAUGAACGGGUGUUCCCUUAACGACAUGCACGCAGAAAUCCUCUCCCGCCGUUGUCUCAUCACCUACUUCUACGACCAACUCGAGCUCAUUGCAAACUCACAGCCCGAAAAAUCAAUCUUCACCCAACGUGAAGACGGCAAAGGCUACAAACUCAAACCGGGUCUAGACUUCCACCUGUACAUCAACACAGCCCCCUGCGGCGACGCGCGCAUUUUCAGCCCCCAUGAGGAGAGCGAGGCGGUGGACAAGCACCCCAAUCGCUGCUCAAGGGGGCAACUGCGCACCAAAAUCGAGUCAGGCGAGGGCACAAUCCCCGUCAAAGCCAGCGGGAGUUUGAUACAAACCUGGGACGGGAUUUUGCAAGGGGAGAGACUCCUAACCAUGUCCUGCUCGGAUAAGAUCUGUCGCUGGAACGUUGUGGGGGUACAGGGGGCCCUCCUGUCCCAUUUCAUCGAACCGAUUUACCUCAAAUCCAUCGUUUUGGGGAGCUUGAUGCGCGAGGCGCACAUGUACAGAGCCCUCUGUGGCCGGAUUGAGAACACGAUUCAAGGCCUACCGCCCCCAUUUCGGCUAAACCGCCCCUCGAUGUAUUUACUGACUUCGAGUGAGACACGGCAGCCUAAAAAAGCGCCAAACUUUGCCGUGGUGUGGGCACAAGGUGAUUCUAGACCGGAAAUUGUUAAUACAACGGUGGGAAAACCCGAAAAUGGGUUUUCGAAAUUGUGCAAAGUCGAGUUGAUGAAGAGGUUUGCGCGAUUAGUUGGGAGAAUCUCAAGUGUGACUGAGAUUGAGAAAAAUUUACCGAGCCUUUAUUGUGACGUUAAAGACGCCGUAGCUUCGUAUAAGGCCGCCAAAACCAAUUUGUACGAAGCGUUCCUCAAAGCGGGCUUGGGUAAUUGGAUUUCCAAACCCAUGGAACAGGAUAUGUUCGAAUUGAGGGAGGGAAACGACUAGGUCACUAAUUUUCAAAUUUUACUUCUGUCAUUUUUACAGAAUAUAUUUUAAUUUUUGACUUCAUAAGUCUAUGAAUUUUAUUCUAGGAAUUAAAAUAAUUUUAACAAA